CAAACAACAAAGAGCUAAAUUGCUUGCCUAUUAAUCACAUUCAAUCCUGGGAAAUUUGGAUUAAGCCAAGACCCCUGGAGGUUAAACUAGUUGCAGUGAGAAGAAAAAAAAAAUGUUUCUUGGGUCAGUUCAAAUGGGGCUUGCUCAUCAGCUGGAAACAGCUAAUGACAAUCUCUUCACCUAUCCUGCAUUCAGAAUCAUAACCUGAGCAGCAGAGUUUUGCAGGCUCUGGAAACUAGAUCUUGAUGGCAUUCCUGCUGCAAGAUGAAAAUUUGCUUUGCCUGACGCUCUUUGCAUAUCUGAGCCUUGUUGGGCUUCCAUUGACAAAGACCCAAUUUCCACGGGUGUGUAUGACUGUAGAAAAGCUGCAAUCCAAGGAGUGCUGCCCAGCUUUGGGGUCGAAUUCGAACAAUGUGUGCGGUUCACAGCAAGGCAGGGGCACCUGUCAGACGGUACAGGUAGACAGAAGGCCUUGGAGUGGGCCCUACACUCUCCAUAACGUGGAUGAUCGGGAACAAUGGCCCCUGAAGUUCUUCAACAGAACCUGCCAGUGUACAGGAUAUUUUGCUGGCUAUAACUGUGGCGAGUGCAAAUUUGGCUGGACAGGGUCCAAUUGUGAAGAAAAGAAGCCUCUAGUUGUCCGGAAGAACAUCCACUCUUUAACAAAUGAAGAGCGAGAACAGUUUUUAGAUGCCCUCAAUCUUGCCAAAGCUACUAUCCAUCCUGACUAUAUGAUUGCAACCCAUCAUUGGUCGAGUCUGCUUGGUCCCAGCAGCAAUGAGCCACAAGUCGCAAACUGCAGCAUUUAUAACUACUAUGUGUGGCUUCAUUAUUAUUCAGUCAGAGAUACUCUAUUAGGACCAGGUCGUCCCUUUACAGCAAUAGAUUUCUCCCAUCAAGGCCCUGCUUUUGUUACCUGGCAUAGGUAUCAUUUACUACUCUUAGAAAGAGACCUGCAGCGACUGAUUGGCAAUGAUACCUUUACAUUGCCAUUCUGGAAUUUUGCUACAGGCAAAAAUGAAUGCGAUGUGUGCACGGAUCAACUUUUUGGAGCAUCAAGGCCAGAUGAGCCGAAUCUAAUAAGUCGUAAUUCAAGAUUCUCAGAAUGGGAGAUAGUUUGCAACAGUUUGAAUGAUUAUAACCGUCUGGUCACGCUGUGUAAUGGAAGCAACGAGGGGCCUCUACAGAGGCAUCCUUUUAGCAGAGCUGGUGAUAAGCUGCCAACCUUGGAGGACAUUCAGAAGUGUCUCUCUCUUCAGGACUUUGAUAACCCUCCUUUCUUUCGGAAUUCUAGAUUCAGUUUCAGGAACACAUUGGAAGGUUUUGCUGAACCAGAUGGGAACCUUGAGCCGCCAAUCAUCAGUCUCCAUAACUUGAUUCACUCUGUUUUGAAUGGAACGGGUGCUUUCCCCCACUCUGCGGCAAAUGAUCCUAUUUUUGUGGUCCUUCAUUCCUUCACUGAUGCUAUAUUUGAUGAGUGGAUGAAACGAUUCAACCCAUUGGACAGUGCCUGGCCCCAGCAACUGGCACCCAUUGGUCACAACCAGAUGUUUAACAUGGCGCCCUUCUUCCCUCCUGUCACCAAUAAGGAAAUGUUUCUAACUGCUGAGCAACUUGGCUAUAGCUAUGACAUUGAUCUAGCAGAAUCUGCUGAAGAAUCCCAGGCAUGGGCUCUGAUGGUGGGAUCCACUAUUGUGGGAGCUCUCAUAGUUUUAGUUGUGCUGGUCCUUCUGCUUAUCCUCUUACAAUACAAGAGACACCGGAAAGGCUUUGAGCCACUAAUGAAUGCACAGUUCAAUGUAAAAAAGUACAUGAAUGAACCAUAGCAGUGAAGUCCUGCUUUACGUUAUCUCUCCCCAUUUCCCAUUAGAUCUUGGAUUUAUUUAUAGCAUCCCCCCCCCCAACCUUGGUGGCUUUAAACUGCAUGAAAUCUUUGGGAAAGGUACUUAUUCAUCAUUAUAUUCUUUUGGAGAAAUUAUCUCAGCACAAAUUCCUCAAAACUGCAAAUAGACAAGACCAGAGUCAUAAAUUUGAGAGGGGCGGCCAUGUAUAUUGAAGGAGUAAAUAAAGAUAUGAGGUCACAAAGAGGGACAUAACACUGAUUGUACACCCAAGCUCUAAGGAUAAUGUUUUACAUCACCAUCAUCUACUAGCUAAUCACAGAACUUCUCAAAUUCGACUGCAUGCCUGCUUAGUGUUUCUGUUAUUUUACUAUUUAUUUACUGCACGGUGUUAUAAAGAGCGCACCUAUAACUGCUUCGGUGAGAAAAACCAUCAGCAUUGCUUCCUUAACUAUUUUCUCUUGAGUCUAUGCAUUCAUUCAUUUUGGAAGCUAAUUCCAGGAAUAAAUCCCAGGACAAUCAACCAAAGAAUGAGUGCACAGAAGAGCAACAAAGAUGAUUAGAGGACUAGAACACGAGGAAUGGUUGCAGAACCUGGGUAUGUCUAGUCUAACACAGAGAAGGACUAUGUGAUAGCAGUCUUUCAAUAGUUGAGGUACUGUCACAAGGAGAAAGACAACCUAUUCUUCAAGGCAGCUGAGAGCAAGAAAUAAUAGAAUCCUAUCAAAGAGAGAUCCAAUCUAUAACUAAGGAGAAAUUUCCGGACAAUGAGAACUAUCAAUGAACACCUUGUCUCCAGAAGCUGUGAGUGUUCCAUCACUGGAGGCUUUUCAGAAGAGAUUGCAUAGCCAUUUGUCCAGAAUGAUAUAGGACUGUGAUGGCGAACCUAUGGCACGCCUGCCACAGGUGGCACGUGGUGCCAUAUAUGUGGGCACGUGAGCAUUGUCCUAGCUCAGCUCCAGUGCACCGGCCAGCUGAUUUUCGAGCCUUCCAGAAGUCAGGAAACGUGCUGUUUCCAGCCUCUGGAGGGCCUCCAGGAGGAUGGGGAAGGCUGUUUUUGGCCUCCCCAGGCUCCUAGAAAGACUCUGGAGCCUGGAGAGGGUGAAAAACGGGCCCACUGUGCCAUUGCGUGCCAAAAGCAGGGGGAGCGCAGAGGGGGUGCUCGUGCAUGCGCGGGGAGGGCAAGGUGCAUUGAAUUAUGGGUGUGGGCAUGCAUGCUCCCCCCGCGCUCCCCCCGCUUUUGGCAUACGACGGGAAAAAGGUUCGCCACCACUGGUAUAGGAUAUCUCCUUGAGUUGGAGGUUGGACUAGAAGACCUCUGAGGACCCUUCCAGCUCUGUAAUUCUGUUCUAUUCAAUGUGUAAAUAAAAACAGAAAAUGAAUAUUUUACCCAUAUUUAUCUAGAAGUAAAUUCUGUGGCAUUUGACAAGACUAUGUAAUGUUCUCCAGUUAUGAGCUCUAAGCCAGAGAUCCAUGUCUCUGUGAAGCUGAUCAGUGGUAGGAUUCAGCGGGUUCAGGCCAGUUUGGUUGAACUGGUUGUUAAAUUGCUGGCUGGCCCCUCCCCUCCCCACCCCUUCCAGGAGUUCCCACCCAGCCCGUUUUGGCUCCCAGGCAAGUGCAGGGAGGCCUACUAGACCCAAAAUAGGGCACGGGGUGCGGCAUAAUCCCCCCACAGCCCAUUUUUGCUCCCAGGAGGCUGCAGGGUGGCCUACUAGGCCCAAAACAGGGCUAGGGGGUGAUGUGCCCACCUCCACGGGCCGUUUUUGCUCCUGGGGCGGGUGCAGGAGGCCGAGUGCUGCCUUCAUACCCUUGGCCACACUCACCCAGUCGGUCAUUAGGGCAGAGAACCGGUUGUUAAAUUAUUUGAAUCCCACCAUUGAAACUGAUGGAUAUUGAUGCUCAAAUCCAUUAAAAGCUAUUCCUAUUAUCCACCUUGAUAUAUUAAUAACCAUCUAAGAUUCCAAGAGAGGCUGGAUUUAGCUGCCUUUCGGCUGUUUCAGCAUAUCAGAAAUCUGAAGAAUUGUAGGUAAAAGAGAAUGCAAGCCUACUUAGUUGGCCUAACUAAAGAAACUGCAAAAGCAUUUUGUUGCUAUUUGUUUUCAGUGACCAGUGGAUUGGGAAUUCCGAGUUGUUUCCCCCCAUAAAAAUCCAGAGCCAAAAACUGUGAUUUGUUGUUGGCUUCUGAUCUGUCAAAAGCUAGGAAUCCCAGUUUGCACAAGCCUGGAAACUUUGGAAGUGGACUGAGAGAAAUAUGGAUUAUUCCUGUAAAGAGUAUACCCUGAGCUACGCCAUUUUAAGUACCUUAUUUUACCUUGUAUAACCUGAUUAUAUAACCAAGCAAUAGGAACAUGAGAAGAGGAAUUGUUUUGCUUCUGUGAUGCAUGUUUUGAAGGAUAUAUGAUGCAUAUUUUUGAGGAAAUAGAUGUUCUGGUAAAUUCCGAAAUGGGCCUGUUUGGGGCCUGCCCAUUCCAGAAGCGAAGUCCACAAAUAACGAUACCAAGUGCAUCAGGGGUAUUUUUGUAGGGUAUUUCUAACGGGAAUAAUGGAAAUUUCCAGGGCGGAACAUGUGCCAAAUAUGUUAUAUAAGACCUGAAACUAAUGCUCUGGCGAACCGUUUGUAUCCUGUUGUAUUGGACUUCUGUAUCCUGAAAACUGUAUUUAAACCAUGUACGCACAGCACUGAAUUGUUCUCUCUCCUCCAGGAGAGAACCCUUUUGCAAAAGUUCAUAAUAAACUGCUUUUGGCUUGUU